AUGAUGAAGAAGGUUGCUCUGUCGAUGCUCCUGCUCCUCUUGCCCGUGUACUCCCUGAGCAUAGGUGACGAAAACCAGGAACCAGAAGAAAUAAAAAACAUCACGGCAAAAUUACAAGUACAGAACAAUGACCAUGAAAAAUUCCUCACCGUGAUCAACGAUAUAUUCACCAAAAAGGACGAUAGCUGCAAGUUCUCCUUUUCCAACAAUGGGUUCAAAUGUGCAUUUAGCAAAUUUGACGUGAACUUCAAUAACGGCUCUAAGGAAGUCAAUGCGUUAUUUACUAACGAUAAUGAACAAAUCAUAAAAGAUGCUGCUGAGGAGUAUAAAGUUCGUCUCAUGUUGGAAUUACACAACUUGAGGCCACCAACUACAAAUUUGAAAAAUUUUAAGAAAGAUUUCCAAGGCAUAUGUAUGAAAUAUUUUUCCGAAUUGAGGAGGAAAUUUUUCCACCUGUACAGAAAUGAUCAAUCCGGUCAGGAUGGUGCAGACAGCGAACAUGGUGAUAUUACCAAUGUGGACCAACUGACUGAACGACUUGAGUCCACUUACGACUCUGCUUCAACGGAAGAUGGAUCCAUUUCAGGAAAGGAUGGAAACCAAGACUUAUCCGAAUUGGUGGAUGAUGACGAUGAGCACAACCCAGAUGCUCCAAACGUGCAGACCAGCUACUCCUUCUCUUCACACACUUCCAAAAAAAUAAUGUUCGAUGGAAAUAAUGUGAUUGAAGAAAAUGAGAGCUCCAUAAACGAUGGAAGUGAUGACCAGAAUGAAGAACUCCAACAAGGACCAAUGACUAAAGAAAAAGCUUUCGCUAUUUUUCUGAAAAAUACUUCCUUUAGCAUUGAAGGAAAUAUCACCGAGGAAGAUCAGACGAAGGAAAAACCAUUUACCGUUUUCUUUAACAGCCAACUCAGCAGAAACCACAUGAGCACUGUAUGCAACGCAAAUGGAAAGAACAACCUCAGAGGAGGUGAUGGUACCAACAACCCUCUCCCCAUGCAACCACUUAACUCAGAUGACCUAAAUAAAAUGAUGACAGACAUGCUAAAAUUUUUUGAAAGCCAAAGUGACGGAAAUGGAAUGAUGUUGCCCUUUUUAAGCAACAUGAACUUUACAGAUGCCCUCACAAGUUUGGGAUUCCCAGCUGGUCUUGACAUCGAAAGCAUGUUCAACGACUUCCUCCAGAGAAGCGGAUCCAACCCAUGCUGCAGAGGUGGCCGACCCAGCCUUAACAAACCACCCAAAAAAGAAGACCCCCCAAGCACCGACGAUUCGGAUGAGCAGCAAUGA